AUGGCGUGCGAGUUAGCGUUACCGCACCGAACAUCCGUCGUGGCAAAACUCGUGACACAAUCGGCUUUCUGGCGACGCGUUCGAGUGGCGCACGCAUGUGAGGUCACGGACUACGCCGAGAAGGAGAAGGCGAUCGCAAAGGCGCUCGAGGACCUGAAGGCCAACUUCUACUGCGAGCUGUGCGAGAAGCAGUACUACAAGCACAAGGAGUUCGACAACCACAUCAACUCCUACGACCACGCGCACAAGCAGAGGCUGAAGGAGUUGAAGCAGCGGGAAUUUGCACGCAACGUCUCCUCGAGGUCGCACAAAGAUGACCGCAAGCAGGAGAAGGCCCUGCGCAGGCUGCAUGAGCUGGCUGAUCUACGCAAGCAGACGGAACGGAUCUCUCCGCAACCCCCACGGUUUAUCCAGCGAGACGCAGAAACCCGAGCGCAGGAGUGGCUUGGGUUCGUGGCAGCGCAUAAAACCAGGUCCUUGCUGAUCUCGUCAAAAAACUUAAAGCAUCGCACGUCCUUGCAGCGCUGGUUUUUUGGCUGGCCGUCAAACAAAGAUGGUCACCGCAUCGUGCUCAUCUCCGGGCAGCACGUUCAAGACGCUGUCGGAGGCGAGUCGGAGGACAUGUUCUUUGGCGCCGACGAGCUGGCCGAAAAAAUGGGCCUGUACGCGCGAGUGCGCGACGGACACGUCGCCGUGGGAGAAGGGCAGCGAGUCCCGCACAGCAGCACCAACAGCCAGGGCGCCACCGCCAUCCUGCCCUUCACGCCCAAGGGCGACGGCGACAGCCCCGCCACGGCCACGCAGAAGCUGGGCGUCUCGUUCUCCUUCUCCAAGAAGAAGGCUCCCUCCAAGCUCGAGUCGUCCGCCUCCGUGUUCAGCGAGAGCAACGAGGAGGUGGCCAAGGCCGAGGAGGAGGAGGAGAAGGAGAAGGCGGCCGCGGCGGCGGCAGCGGCCGAGGCCGGCCGUCAGCGGCGCCGACCCAAAGAGCCGGAGAUGGCGACGGUGAUGGAGUACUACUACUACCCCCCGGCUCACUGCAGGGUGAAGCCCAAGUUCCCCUUCAUGAUAUUCUGCAAGUCGGCCGAGAAGGCCAAGGAGGAGGCCGACAACAAUAAAGCCACGGCCGGCAAGCCGGUGACGACCCCGGCCAAGCCGGUGACGACCCCGGCGAGGCGGAAGAGAAACAGCGGGGCCGGCGACGCGCCGCAGGCUUCGGAAUCGCCGGCGGAAGCUAAAGAUGCCAGCCGGCUCCGUUGGAGCGGCCUGAUGAAGACGCCGCAAUCACGGACGCCGCCGCCACCGCUGAGGAUGACAAGCCGCGCAAGGCGGCGGAGCCUUUUUUUUUCAGUGCUGAGCCGAGAUGAAACGACCACCCUCCUGCCUUCGGAGCUACUCCUGCACACGCUGACGGAGCCUUCCGUCUCGUACAGCUGUAACCCUUUAUAUUUCGAGUUUAAGCCGCGGCUCAGGCAGCUUAAGGGAAAAGUCGGUCCUGCAGUUCCCUCUGAAGGUUGCGAGCAGCCCGGCGAGCAGCCCAACCCGACGAAGGCGGAGACUCACCGCGAAUGCAAAUCUGCAGAGGGGACGGCGGCGUCGGAGGGCGCCGCUGACGAGGCGGCCCGAGGAAGCGGCUCCACCGUGACGGCCCUCCCCUUGCUGGACACGGCCGGGGAGCCCUCGGCGGCCAAAGGCAGCACCGCCGCCCCGGAGGUCCGGGGCCUCGCACCGCCCGCGGCGUCCAAAGCGGCCAAAAACACAAGAAGCACAAGAACAAACACAAGAGGAAGAAAACGACAGAAGAUAAGCCCGAGAAAGCGGCGGCGAAAGAAGAAAGUGCCAGAGCAGACAGCGGUGCGCAGGCGGAUGAAAAGGAGGCGACACAAAAGAGGCACAAACAUAAAGAAGCGGGACAAGCCCAAACGAAUGCUGACGAGAAAGGUAAGAAGGCAGAUCCCACGCCCCAGUGCUCAAGUGCCAAAACCCCGACCAAGGAAAAGAGCGGCGACAGCCUCGAAGCGAAAGCGCCCGACGGGCCUGGCGCGAAGAAGUCGUCGCGCUCCAAGCCUAAGAAAAUCGCGGCACGGCAGCAAAGCGCCCGAGAGCGACGCCAGGGAGGGGCGCACUGAGAAGAGGUCGCCGUCGUCCCGCCGCAGCGCCCCGCGACGGAGACUCGGACAGCGAGCACUCGCGCGGCGGCCGGAGGUCGCCUCCAGACGGCGCCGCUCGAGCCACGGCUCGGACUCGUCGAGCAGCCGCGGCCGCAGCUACGACGGCAAGCGGUCGUCGGAGCGCGGGGGCUCGCGCCACCGGCGCCGCCGCCGCCGCCACUCCUCCAAGCGCAGCUACGAUGCGCACGAUGACUACAGUGGCUCCCAGCGCAGGGCAAAGCGGCGCAGGUAUUCGUCUUCGUCCGACGCGAGUUACCGCGGGAGAAGCCGCAGCAGGUCCGGGAGGAGCUACAGCCGGAGACGAAGUGGCAGCCGCGACCGCCGCCGGCGCAGCCGUGACAGCAGCAGCCGGAGCCGCAGCCGCAGCCACAGUCGCAGCCGGCGCAGCAGCGCCAGGCGCUCGCGCUCGGGAGAGGGCGGCGGGCGGGCGACCUCCCGCGCGGCGACGGCGUCGGCGGCGGCGGCCUCGGCCAACCGCCCGGGCGCCUCGCGACGGGAGUGCAACCGGCGCAACGACGACAAGAAGCCCGAGCCGCCGCAGGCCCCUCCGCCGCAGCGCUCCACGCAGGCCCAGAAGGAGAGCGUGGACACGGCGGAGCAACGUCGCGAGACCACGCAGGAAGAGCGCAACCUGGCGACGGCCAAGCGGCUGCUGGAGCGCAUUCGCUCCAAGAGGCAGGAGCUGAACUCCCUGGAUGGCGAGGGGGCCUUUGCCACCGCCACCAAGGUCGGGAUCAGGCUCAAGGACCCUCCGCAGGGUUUCUUUGGGCCCAAGCUUCCUCCCACCAUGGGGAACGUCGCCGUGCUGCCCAUGAUCGGAAAACUGCCCAUUUGCAAGCGACCGUGCUUCAAGAAGACGUCAACCCCCACCGCAACUGCAUCUCCAGCUUCCACCUCAGCCCCAGGUGUCGCCACGGCCCCUACCGCAGCCUCAGCACCAGCCUCAGCACCAGCCCCAACCGCCCCAACAGCACCAACACGAGCCCCAGCCACAGCCCUAUUCCCAGUACCACCCCUGGCCACAGUCGAGCCCCAUCAUAUUGAGGAACCAAGAGCCCGACGGAGUCCCUGGCCUCGUCGGAGUCGUGCGAGAGCGAGCGCUCCCCACGACCGCCGCCGGGCCAUUUCGCCGCCGCUCUCGGCCCAGCCCAUCUCCUUCGCGCCGGAGGAGAUGGAGAAGUACUGGCAGCUGCAGCAGCAGGCCCAGCAGCACAUUCAGCAGCAGCUGAUGGCCAGCAAGGCCAAGAGCAUGCCGCCCGUGCCCGUCAUGUCGCCGCAGGUGCCGUCGCCCACGCCCAUCAUCCAGCACGUGGCGGUGCAGCCCCAGCAGCGCAGCAGCACCCGGCCCGUGUCCAUCUCGUCGGUGCACCACACCCUCCUGCAGCACCACGCGGCGGCCGUGGCGGCCGGCCUGCACCCGCUCGCCGCGCACCACGCCCACCACGCCCACCACAUGCAGAUGACGCAGGUGCACGCGCUGCCGCAGCACCACCUGGCGCACAUCUCCCUGUCGCCGUUCCCCGCCCACCACACCUUCCAGACGGCCGGGCGGCCUGGUGCACGUGAUCCCGCGUCGGCGCUGCACCCGACGCUGGCGCUGCACCCCAUGAGCAUGCACCACCACCCGCACGGCGUUCGUGCCGGCCAUGCUGGCGCCCCACCACCACGCCUUCCAGCUGCACCCGCUCAUCCACCCGGCCGCGUUGCAGCGCAAGACGUCCACCACCACCAUCAGCCGCCCUCGUCCUGA